GGGGUCCCCAAAUUGAUUCUGGUAACUUGGCCACGUUCGCAUUUCAGCCUGUCAAUGUCUCAACGUGAAGAGUCUCUUGAACUAGCCAGGUGUACAUCCAGUACUGUACGGGCAGGUCAAGUGUAUUGAAUCUCACGAGAACGAUGACUGCUAACUCGAAUCCCGAUGAUUAUGACCUUCAACCCUAUGAUUCCCACUCUGUCGAUCACAACUGGCAAAAUGCCCCCACUCCCGGAUACUUUGGUUGCACGCCUACAUCAAGGGGUGGAUUCAGCCCUUCACCCGACGCUUCCACCGAGGACGGUCAGGAGGACUUGUCCCAAAACAAGACGGAAAGUCCUAGAUUGCUCCAGCUAUCCGAGUGGCACGAUGGAACACUAGACGAUGAGCUUCCGGCAAACUACAUCCAGUAUACGAUCGAGUGGAAGGUCAUGGUGAAUAAGAAAGUGAUCUCUCGAGACACGGAGGAAGACGUAGCUCUGACACCAAGCGCUUACUGGCCGAUGACCCUGAAGUGUAAGUUGGAGAAGUUGUUGGAGGGAAAGCCCUCCUACAAAGGACGGGUGAGAUCUGAUGACACGGCAAUUGUCGUAUCGGUGAAUGAUCGCUCUCAACGCGACCUGAUGAAGCGAUUUGACCAUCUUGAUAUCGACUGGGCUACCGUUGAAAAACAGCUGCUUCGGUGGGGUGCGCUAUUUCUUCGGGGCAAAAGAUUGAGGUUAAGUAUUACCUUCAAAUUCGUUGAGGAUGACCGUCUCUGCAGAACCAUCUCUGGUAGGGUCGAAAAGAGAGGCAGGUCGUCUGUCACGAAACGGAUGCUCAACGAGCGAGACGCUCAACUGGAUGCCGAAGAGCACACAUCUGGGCAAGAAUCCGUUUGGCGGGCCGUGUACAACCUAAUGCGUUGUCCUUCCUCCUCGUGCCAUCUUGGCCCACAUUGUUGGCAAGACCCACAUGGGAAGAAACACCAUGCGCUUCGAAGCCAUCAUCUCAAACGUCUCAUUGCCUUUGUGGAGAAGGGAGGUACCUUGGAGUCUCAUGGCGACGUCCCCAAUAGUUUUCGAGAAGAGCUAUAUUUAGAAGAGCGCCAAAGACUGGAGAGCCAACAGUCCAAGAACAAGAUGGGCGGUUCCUGGGGAGGCUCUCUUCCGAUAAACAUCAACAUCAAUGGGAUGCCCCCUUCCUUUCAAGCGCAGGUCCCCAGCUCAGCCGCGAUUCCACCCCAGGCCCAAGUACAGAAUGAUCUCAAUAUUCCCGGAUUACGAGACGUGGCUGUCAAACAAUACACCGCGUGGCAUGAGGCCAAUGUUGAGGAUGACGCUUUGAAGGCUCAAUUUCGGCAAGCGCGUGAUGUGGCAUUGGCCAAUGGGCUAGAUCUUAAACUGAUUCAUGAUGACCAAAACCCAUCAUUCUUUGUCGACAAAGGGAUUAUGGUAGGUAUCGCACGCCAGUUUGUGAGAGAUAUUGGUACAUGGGUUCGGUCUCUAGAUAGUGUGCCGUCGACUGAAGAGGCUUCGGUGGUAGUAGACUAAAGAUUUAAGGGGUCAGAGAUAUCCAAGACGGCGUUGGUAUCGCUAUUAGGUUGGUCUUAAAUUUACGAUUCGAUAUAAUUACAUGAUAUUUCUACGAGUGCGGUAGACAUGCGGGGAAAUGAAAAAACACCGGGAGACCCAUGAAUCCUCGUAUCCAUUGAUAUAUAUGUAGGAUCACACCAACACAGCACACUGCUAAUGUACAUUACAAAAUCCAUUAACUAAUCUCCUCGUCCAAUGACCACACCAGCAUGUCGAAAAUGGCCCAAUGCACUUUGUUUUCGAGACCCAACAACCUCAAUACACCAUUCGAGAAAUGUCUGAAACCCUUGUUGUGUGUCUUCCUCAUAAUGCACCCAAUUUCUCUUUAUGAAUGCUUUCAACUCUGAAAAGAACUCCUCGAUGGGAUUCAAGUCGGGUGAGUAAGGUGGAAGAUACACCAGCUUGACUCCUGCGUCACUGCACAUUUCUUCAAUCCGAUUAGAGCGAUGGAAAGAUGCAUUGUCCAUGACUAGAACUGACUUCGGCUCAGGCCAUCUUCCGCAAUGUCGAAGUAGCUGCUCAAUGAAGUCCGCAAAUAGCGUAGCGUCCGUGGAGCCCUGGAAUACACGUGAAAGGACAAUUCCGUCCUGACAGUACGCUGGAAGUAUUUGGUACCGCUGGUCGCGAUGGAAAUUCGCUACCUGCAAGGGUGUUACGCCUAGGGGAGACCAACCUGUCCGUCUGAAGCCAAUCCGCUUAUCACAUCCAGAUUCAUCCACAUACACUAGGUGAUGUGACUGAAAGUCGGACAAUUUAUGCAAGUAGAAGUCUCGCAGAUCGGCAUUUUGUUCCUUGGCUCUCUGUCUCGCCACCUUUUUCGACCAGCCCACCGAAGCGAGAGCCCGCUUAAGGCUCGAAUUUGUAACCUGUACGCGAAACUCAUCCCACAGAAAGAUUGCCAUCUCGUCCACAUACAGGCCGGGCUUUUCGAGUAGAUGGUCACACAAGGCUUCUAGCAUCGAAGGGGUAACGGUUCGUCGGCGACCGACACGCGUUUGUGGUGCUUUGACGUUUCCGAACCAGCGAAGGUUGUUGCUGAUGUUAAUAAUUGAGCGUUUACUACAUUCAGCGGCUUUGGCCAUUUCUGAGGUUGUUAGUGAUUUGCUCGAUAUUAUGUCUUGAAUCAUUGCAAGCUUUGCGUGGGGGAGUCUUGGAGCCAUGUUGUGGAGAGACAGGAGGAGCGCGGGUCUGGAUGGUGGUGAAGGGAUUUGGAGAGGAAGCCAUGAAAGGCUGAGAGGGGAACGGGGAGCGGAUUCAUCUGCCCCCCUUCCUGUCCCCCUCUGUUCAGUGAGCAGAUGAAAUGAUUUCGGGGCGAAGGUCUGGGGCAUGCUGGAUAAUAGGAAAUGCACGUGACUUGGCGAUUUUGGGUUCCUGGGAGCUGGGUGGCUCCUCUCAAAGCUCCUCA